UGUGCUGACAAGACGCGAAUGGUCUGUCCCCGUUUCCUGGUUAGUUAGUACUGAGAGGUACGUUUCAAACAAGGGUUUAGCUGAGGAAUUCGGUAUGGUUGGUGGCCAGCUAAUAUAUUUCCUGUACUUGGACAUCAAUAGCACAUUUGGAAUCCAAUAACUCGAUGUAUGUGAAUGUCACGUCGGGAAAUGGAGUCGAAAGCGCCCAACAAUUUUCAGGACCAGACACCGAGCCUGGGCAUAACCUCUCCCCUGCUGCAAGCCCAGCCGAAACUAGCAAGGAACAUGAGGAUUGUCACUAUUAUAGUGAGAAAAAAGCGGAGGCAGAGUUCACUUUUGUAGUGACUGAAUUGCCAGUCAGUGGACAAGAUGCUGCAGACGGGGAGACAGAGCCCCUUGUUGCAGUGAAAAAAGUGCCAGUCAGUCAAGUGUGUGAGAUACAUUCUGGGGAUAAAUCUGAACAACCUUGCACAGCAUUAACUGAUGUGGAACCAACAAAUACGGAUAAUGAUGGUGAGGUGGGAGAGGUAGAAAGGGAGAGAGAGCUCUCUUAUGGAGCGACAGAAGUACCAUUCAGUGAACCACAUGCUGGUGAGAUGGAUUCUGGAGAUAAACCUGAACAACCUUGCACAGUAUUAACUAAUGUGCAACCAGUGAAGGCCCAUGAUGACAGCGAGAUUGGAGAGGUAGAAGGGGUGACGAAGCCCUCUGUUGCAGUGACAGAAGUGCCAGUCAGUGAACCAGAUGCUGAAAUGGCAUUGAACAACAUGUUCAACAGUAUUCAUAUAGGGAUCAGUGAGAGAUUCCUCACCACAGGGAAAAGUACACUUCUAAUAUUGGGCAGCACAUUUCUGGUGGUUCUGCUAGCAGUGUGGUACAGCCCAGUAUCUCCUCCUGAGGACAAAGUAUUAAACCGAACUGAGAUCUUCCUUCGAGAGAUGGAGAAGGUGAAAGAAAAGUUCCCAGGCCAGCGCUCUGAGCUGUGGAGGAGGACCCGAAUCCACCUGGAGAGGCACCUCCAGACAGCCCAGCCCACAGAACCGGUCAGUCUGAUGUUGACAGCGGGCCGCAGGGGGGAGAGGACGCUGCACUGUCUGGCCAAUCGCCUGGGCUUCGCCUUCGCCUCCGCCCUCAACGCUUCUGUCCUCCACAUUAACGGAACCAGCAAAGCCGGCCAGGACAGCGACCUGGUGAAGCUAGACAUCGACGGCCAGCUACGGGAAGCCUUCGAGGGGGACCAGCUCGUUGCAGUCAUCCAUCACUUCGAAGUCCUGCCCCCUAGCUCUACGAUCAUAUUCUACCGCUACUGUGACCACGAGAACUCUGCCUACAAGGAGGUUUUGAUUAUUUUCACGGUCAUGCUGGCAGGUGAGGAGGACCUCUCAGCCAGCCUGAAAUUGAGUGCCGUUGAAGAGAUGGUGGAUGACCACCUCCAGGACGUGUUUGUCUCCUCUGGCCAACCAGCCGCUUAUGACAUGAUGGACCGGGACAAGUAUAGUGGAUUGUGGAGUCGCAUUUCCCACCUUGUCCUGCCGGUGGCAGCAGAGAAAAGUAUAGAGAAGGGAGUUUGUGUGUAAAACUCUGUUUUGGCCAUACCAACUUUUUCACUUCCGACUACAAAAUCUGUUAAGGUGUUGGGGUUGAGCGGCCCUGUGUUGGGGCGCAGAGCACUGUAAUUUAGUCCACUAGGACUACCCACAGAUAAUUGUCACUUAACAACAGUUGCAAUCUUAAAAACACUUCGGUGUAUGUGUAAAUUGUAAGUGGUUUGAUCAUGGAUGUGUUUCUGAGUGAUUUUUACUCUUCUUUCACUCUAAAAUGAUAUGCUAUUUUAAUUAUUCCUCCUAUGGGUGAUGUUUAUAAAAGAGUACAACUACUAUGUGAGACAGCAGCCUACCAGUGUGUGUAUCAUGUUUCAUAACCAGGGUUUUUCUGGUCAGAAAUAAGCUACACAGGUUGCCUAUCUGAUCAUUUUAAUAGCAAGGUCCAAACAAUGUGCCUGCCUUAAGUGGAAAUAAAUAAUUAUUUGUGUA